AUGGCAGUGGUGCAGUGCCGGCCCGGCGCAGAAGAGGACCAGGUGCUGGCAGCCCUGGACGCGGAGAAGUCCGUAGAGCUUGCGGUGCCCGACAGCUGGGUGCAGGCCUUUGUGCCGGAGUCGGCGCCCUCGCCGGAAUCGGCGCUCUGCUCCUCACACCCGGAGUGCAAGGCCUUCAGCCUGCAGGGGGAGUGCUGCCCUGCGCCUGAUGGGGCGCGCAUGGCAUGCUGCGCCUCGAAGCCUCCGCAAAGGAAGCCCAGGCGCCCGCAGAGCCAGAGCACCAUCUCCCUGCAGAGCGUUCACGGGGGCUACAUCACGGUCUCCAAGAUCGGAUUCGUGGGGUGGCGGGGCAAGAAGGCGGACCCGGACGCCCAGUUUCGGCUCGAGGCGCACCCGGACGGCUACGUGUCCUUGAAGUCCAUCCACGGGACCUACUUAGUGACCAGCCCCUCAGGGCAGCUGGUGGCGUGGCACCGGGGCCACGGGGAGGCGGACGACUGGGAGAAGUUCAAGCUCAUCUACAACACCGACGACACCAUCUCCUUGCGAAGCAAGGUGUCGGACAAGCACGUGAGCCUGGACAACGCCAGCUCGGAGGUGCUUUCCGCUACCACGGAGAAGGUGGAGAUAAGCGAGCGGUUCUUGGUGACCAUGAAGCACGGCAAGGACACGGUGAUGCUCAACGACCAGAGUUUGUCCAAGCUUUGGGCCUUCGACCACUUCGGGGAUCGAGAUAUCGAUGCCUUGGAGGCUUGGAAGGUGCAGGACCCGGACUCCGAGCCCAUCGUGGUGGCGGUCAUCGACACCGGGGUGGACUACACCCACCCGGACCUCCAAGACGCCAUGUGGGUGAACCCCAACGAGAUCCCGGGGAACGGCAUCGACGAUGACGACAACGGCAUCGUGGACGACAUCUACGGCGCGGAUUUCGCCAACAAUGACGGGGACCCCAUGGACGACCAGAUGCAUGGCACCCACUGCGCUGGCACCAUCGCCGCCAGUGGGAACAACACCGUAGGCAUCGCUGGGGUCGCCUGGAGGGGUGCCCGCAUCAUGGCGCUCAAGUUCUUGAGCGGCACUGGGGCGGGACGCACCUCCGACGCCGUGAAGUCGAUCAACUACGCCAUCGCCAUGGGCGCCAAAGUCUUGAGCAACUCCUGGGGCGGCGCAGGGUCUUCCUCCGCCCUCAGGGUGGCCAUUGAGCGGGCGGAGCACGCCGGCACCUUGUUCGUGGCGGCUGCAGGGAACGAGGGCCUGAACAAUGACGAGCUGCCCUCCUACCCGGCCAACUACCCCAUGGAGAACAUCGUGUCUGUCGCCUCCUCCACCCAGAAGGGGGAUUUGAGCUUGUUCUCCUGCUACGGGAAGAAGACGGUGGACGUGGCCGCGCCGGGCACGGACAUUUACUCGACCAUCCCGGGGGGUGAGUACGCGUCCUUAAGCGGCACCUCCAUGGCCACGCCCCACGUCACUGGUGUGGCAGCGCUGGUGUGGAUGCACCGCCCGGAGCUCGCCGCGGUGCAGGUGAAGGACAUCAUUCUGCGGUCGACCGUCCCAGAGAAGGCCCUCGAGAACGCCUGCGUCACCGGGGGCCGCAUCAAUGCGCGAAGGGCGCUGAACUUGGCCUCCAUCUACCCGGCGCCGAGGCCGCCCAUUCACGCGCCCUCCAAGGUGAGCUUCCAGGACACCAACCCCCUGGUGGGCCGCAUCGGCGGGGAGGCUGUGAUCACCACCCCGGAGGAUCAGAGCGACGUGGACUUCUACUCCCUGCACUUCUUGUCCUCCGCGGGGGUGCUCAUGGAGAGCAUCGCCAAGGCCAACGUCUCGGGGCAGAGCUCCAUCCGCCUCAUGCUGAGGAACCUCACCAUCCCCCUCUUCGCGAAGGGCAUGGCGGUGGUGGCGGUGAACAGCAGCGGGCGCAUGCCCGUGGCCACCGCCGCAGUUUUGCAAAUCGAGGACUACGGGGUGCCGGAGGCGGGUCCUCAAGAUAUUUCCUUCGGCGGAGAUUCAGAUGGACGCCGUGGCAAUAUGGCUGGCACACUCCGCAUUCGCCGUGCUUGCAAUGAAAGGACAGUGAGCCACUACAACAUCUACUGGCGACACAAUUGGCAGAGCAAGUUGAUCGGCACCGUGCCGGCCAUUAAAUAUUUGUCGCCCACGUGCACUGGAGAUUGCGAGCUGAUGGACGUCUCGUACAAGGACGGGGUGCGGCGCUACUUUCGCGGCGCCUACGGCAACAACGAGCUGGCGGUCAUCACCUUCAGCGGCCCCGCCACGGUGAGGAUCACCUCCCUCAUGACGGAAAGCUACUAUGACUACUUGGAGAUUGCCGGGGUCCAGGUGAGCGGGUCGGACCUCGAGCUGCCGAAAGUCUUCCGACUGCCGCAGGGGGACCAAAGCAUCACCUGGCUCAGCGACCAUAGCGACAGCUCGGGGGGGUGGAUCUUUGAGCUGGAGCAGGACGGGGAGGAGGUGGCCUUCCCGCUGCCGCCCACCUCCUCCUGGGGCGCCUCCGCGCAGGUGGCGGCGGCCUAUGGGCGCACGGAGCUGGCAGAGGACGUGCUCAGCUGCCAGGUCCCGGACUUCGACGCCGAGUCCAUGGCGCCUUCCAAGGCGUUCCUGCCCUUGGCCGUGGAGUUCGAGGACGAGCACACGGACGAGGGCUUCAUCCGUGGCGUCUUGAAGGUGCGCCUGCCCAAGCUCACCGAAGCGCAGACCGCGCAGGUGUCUUCCUAUCGCGUCUUCCCGGCUGACGCGGAUCACCGACAGCUCGGGGAGCCUUGGACGCUGGAAAGGCGGAGCGGCGCGGGUCUGCUCCAGCUGCGCAUCGCCACUCGGGUCCCUUUGGAGGCCACGCUGCUGGUGGCGCAGGCGGUGAAUGCGGUGGGCGCCAGCCAGGAGGUGAUGGCCGUGCCGCUUCUGGACGUGGUGCGUAGCGCGCCGGUCGACGCCAACUUCUCGGGGGACGAAGAUCCGGUGGAGGGACAGGUGAAGGGCAAGGUGACCAUCAAGCCCGCGGCGAACCCCAGGAACAUCAUCGCCUAUAGCAUUUACUUGGCCAACGGCACUCGCAAGCAGUCACUGCUGGGCCGGGUGGCUCCGUCUCUGGGCGGGGCGGUGAUAAUUUUCGCGCUGCACGCGGCCUACCAAGCCGGGCAGAACCUCCUCAUAGUGAGUUCUUACCUGGACAAAGACAUGGACCAAGGGAUCACUCUGCCGGUGUCAGAUUUCGUGGAGGUUGCCAGCAGCAGUUAUACUUGGUACGACUGGGGCGGCUAUGGUGGCUCUAGCUCUGACUACGGGCGGCACUUGGAGGAGUCGAAGCCUCAGCCCUGGCUGAGCUCCAAGCGCCGCUUCGGGGACUUCCAGCCGUUGUGGUCCGCCGCGGGCACGGUGCCGGUGGUCCAUGGCAGACCCCCGAAGACCAACAAGCAGGCGGUCUUCAGCGUGCUGAAGAUCCGGAACUUCCUGCGGAAACUGGGGGAGCAAGCUGCUUUUGUACCGCCCAGCGUGGAGGAGAGACAAAGCGUGGCCGAGACGCUGGCGGAGGUGUUGAAGGUGGAGAUGGGGCAGGUGAAGCUGACCUUAGGGCGGGCAUUGAAAGACCCGGUCACACGCACCGCGGGAGAUGCCAACGAUGCCAGCCUCAUCAUUGACUUUGAGGUGCUACCCGCCAGAGAGGCGCCAGAAAGGGGAAUCCAGUACUUUUUUGACCAGGUGGAGGCGAAGCUGAUUCUUCUCAGCCACGGCGGCGCCGCGACGCGGCGUGUGGAAUCCGCUUUGUCCGCCCGCCUGAAAGGCCUUGGGCGCCCGGACAGCGAGGCGCGCGAGUUGCAGGUGGAGGUGGGCGAGCCACAGCAGGUGGCCCCAAGGGCCCACGGCUCUCACCGACGGCUGGAAGAGACCACGGCCUCAGUGGCUCCGUCCCCGUCUGUGCAUUGGUUCUAUGGCCUGGGCAUCAUUUGGUUGCUCUUCAAGCUCUGA